CGCGAAUGUUCAACUUACGCGCCAUCUCUAGAAAAUACAAAACGUGAACCGACUCGUGCGCUCUCUACGUCUCCGAAAUGUCUCAAGACAUCGAAACAGAAGUCAAGACGUGCAAAACAAAGCGUCGUCCGAGGAGCAACCAAGAGACCACGCCCCCGCUUCAACACAUCAAGGAAAACACACCCCCGUGUAACGCCUCGGGACCAUGGACGAGGCCGCAGAGCACACCGUGCGGUCACCCUCGUCUUCAGCAUCGACGCAAAGCGUUGACAUUCAUUGCUGCGUCGCCUCAACUGAAGAGUCCAAGCACGAACGAGUUACCCGCAGGCGUGCCUUUCAUCGAGCAAGCCGUUGCCGGCAAGCAACUGACGGAACGACAGCAAAUGUCGCUUUUGUUGCAACUGACGUCCAACAGCUCUGCUGGUCAGGCGGCCGGUGGUCGUGGUUCUGUGUCCGUUUCGCGUCGCAAGGCGAAGGUUAAUUGGAAAGUGAAGAAGAGGAAUGAGAGGGGAGAGACGCCACUCCAUGUGGCGAGUAAGAAGGGAGACGUUGGUGCUGUGGGGAGACUCAUCCGGGAAGGAGCUGAGAUAAACGGCAGAGAUUAUGCUGGUUGGACACCACUUCAUGAGGCAGCCAUUAGUGGUCACCCUAGUAUCGUAGCAAAAUUAUUGAAACACGGAGCUGAUCCAAAUGCAUCAGGAAUGGACAAUGACUCUCCACUGCAUGAUGCUGCUGCCAAUAGCCACAGAGAGGUUGUUCAAAUUUUGCUUAAAAAUGGGGCGAUUUGUGACCAACGGAACAUGACAGGUGAACUGCCUAUAGAUGUAGCAACCGAUGAGUCAAUUAUUCUUGUGCUAAAACAACACAUGUCUGGAGUAACACAAGUUGAUGAAUUUCAGGAAGCAAACACAAGUAAUAAUUUUGAACAACUGUUUUUACCUAUUGAUGAAAGCAUGGAGAUGGAGACCACAAACAGUCAUGAAGUCAAAGAGCAAUUUGGUGAAAUCACGUCUCCAGACGUUUCACCAAUUUUAUCUAAAGGCAAUUUUUUGCCAUCUGACGAUAUUGAAACAUUUAAAUUGUCAGCAUCACAAAUGGAGGGUUCAGUGAGCUGUGAGGAAGAUAAUUCUUUUCGUGAUAGUUGUGAGCAGGUUAAUCAUGUGGAUGACUUUGAGGGGUCAACAUCACUGGGCAGUGAUACUUUAAUUUGUAGAGAAGAGAUCCACUUGGAUUCUGAACCCCAACUGUUGGCAUUGGAUGAAUUGCCAUCGGCUGAAAUAGGACAACUCUCUAAUGACCAAACAGAUCAAACAAUUUUAGGGGGAGAUGGUUUGAGCACCACACGUCAGAUGGAUUUAUCUGAUUGUUCAACGACUGUAGACGACACUAUGAUGAGCCACGUUGAGGACAAAUUGGUUAGUGACAUGGAUUCUACUAUGGACACAAGAGAUGAAGACAACCAGGACUCAAGUGAACCCAAACAGAGUUCCAGUCACUCUGAUGAGAAUCAAGAUGAUGAGGGUUACACAAUGUGCGAUGUGAGAACACAAGAUGAAUUUGGUGUAGCAAAACCCUGUCAGGUCAAUAAUGUGGUGCCUAACUCAUCACCAUCCUAUAGUGAAAUUCAGCAGGACCUGUCUCAUGAAGCAAAUAACUUUGAUUCAUUACUGCAAGAGGAAGAGCUAAGAAAUGAAACGAGUGUGACUGCUGUGAAAGGAAAGAAGCAAAUUCUCUACAACUGGAGGAGGCACUGUGACACACAGAAAGAAGACACCAUUGCCACUCAGCCUCCAACUACUGAAAAGGGCAAUACAGAUGUCAUGUUGCCACCAGGAUUUAAGUGCACUCUUACUCACACAAAGAUGUACACGUUACAGACUGCACCAUUGGAGGUGAAUCCUGAGCAAUGCUUUUUUGAGUCAUUGUUUCCACCAAGGGAGACACCCGGAAGUUUGAGACUAAAACAUAGAAUUGAAAAGGAGAAAUUACUGUUGGCAUUUGAGCAGCAGGUAUUGUAUGCAGUCGACCAGUGCCACAUUGGGCCUAAACCCAUCACAUUCUGUGGUCUUUUGGCAACUAAAGAAGGAUGGCACCUUGCAACGCGACCAAGUGAAACCAACGAAACCGACACCUUCAAGAUGGACAAAUACACCGAGCUACUACAGUCAAUCCAAGACAACUACGACAAAGCAACACUUCAACUUGCUCGCCGUCAUCAGCUUGAAUUGGAGACUCUGUGGGCUUGCAGCAGUCAACAAACACGAACGAUUCUUUCGUCACAGUUGUCUGAUGAAGGCAAACUAAUGCCUGGCAGGGAGAAGUUCACAAUGUGAUUGCAAUAGAUAUUGAAACCCUAGUAGAGAUUUUGAUUCUGUGUGUACAUAAUUAAUAUUACUAAUUGGUUUAGAUUGUGUUAGUUGGUUUAUUCUUUACAUGGCGUUGUGUUAAUUCAAUAUUAAUUAACGAAUCAUCGGAUAAAAACGUGAAGUCCCGGAGGUGUUAUAUCCGGGAUAUUUG